UACAACGUCACCACACUCUUGAACAACACAAUGCAAACCCGUCGCCAAUCCGGUCUAUUUCAGGCAAGAUGGCGCGGGAUGCUUGUCCAGCUAAUUCCGAGCCGACUCUCUCCUUCACCCAGGGCUUCAUGCUCGGCCAGAUAUCCAUAGUUCUUUUGCUCGCCGCUUUCAUCAAGUUCUUCAUCUUUGGAGACCCCCCCUCGCCCGAGAUUACCGCAUCAAUUCGCGCCGCCGAGCGUCGCUCACGAACACUCGCCCACAAGAAGUCGCUCUUGAGCCUGAGGGAGACGAACACCCGACAAGCAGGCCAACACCCCACCCUUAAUAAGAAGAAGUCUAGCAUCCUACGCCCGAGCCCUCCACCUCUGACCAUCGGCUCGAUCCUCGACAAGACGUACUACAAGGUGGACAGCCACCAGCCAGAGAGCUUGGAUUGGUUCAACGUGUUGGUAGCUCAGACAAUUGCCCAAUUCCGCAGCGACGCCCAGCAUGACGACGCCAUCCUCACCUCACUCACGAAAGCGCUCAACGGUACCUCGCGUCCGGACUUUGUCGACGAGAUCCGUGUUACCGAGCUGAGCCUGGGCGAGGACUUUCCCAUAUUCAGCAACUGCCGCAUCAUCCCCGUAGAUGAGGAUGGCCUCAGCUUCCAGUCGGGUAAGGCCUUUGACGCAAGCAUGGCCACGCGGGAAGGCGCUCGGCUGCAGGCAAGGAUGGAUGUCGAUCUCAGUGAUUUGAUCACCCUAGCCGUUGAGACGAAGUUGCUUCUCAACUUUCCGAAGCGGCUCAGUGCGGUUCUGCCCGUGGCUCUAGCUGUGUCCGUUGUACGGUUCAGUGGCACCCUGUCCAUAUCCUUUGUCCCAAGCAACCCCUCCGAGAACACGCCGACGAAGAUGACCUUUACCUUUCUUGACGACUAUCGGCUGGACUUUUCCAUCCGCAGCUUGAUGGGGAGUCGCUCAAGGUUACAGGACGUACCCAAGAUCGCGCAGCUGGUUGAGUCGCGCCUCCAUCGCUGGUUUGACGAGCGGUGUGUUGAGCCGAGAUUCCAAGAAAUUGCUCUCCCCAGCAUGUGGCCGCGCAAAAAGAACACGCGCGGCGGCGACGAGGCGAUUGCCGACGCAGAGCGCUCCAUGAGCAAAACAAGGGGUAUGGAAAUUGGGAGAGAGAUACGAACCGAGGCUCGGAGAGAGGUUGAGGCUGAGGCGGAUGCGCGAGUUGAUAGGGGACAAGAAUCACUGAGAUACCGGCGGCGACCACAAACCGACGAUUCCUUUUCUACGUCCGGCUCCAUGCCCGGCUCAUUGCCAGACCUCGACAUUCCGACAUGAGAUGGUGGCCGGCUAAACGGAAAAGCAUUCAAUCCAUUGCCUCUCGGUCCGCGGCGGCAGCACGGAAACGGGCUGAGAGUCCUAACCAUUCCCCCUUAACGCCGUGUUGUGUGAGGGUUGGGCUGAGCCAAGUUUUGCGCGUACUUGGAUCAGCAUAGUUCACAAUUACAAGGGCAGGCUGGAAGGCCAGUGUUAUUUAGGCAGGGCACCGUCUCGUCAAAAUGCAGGCAGAACGGCCUGACCAAAUCGUCGGGCGCGUGGGGUUUAGCAGGGUCGGUUAGUGCCGCUGCAGGUUAUGGGAGCCAUUGGCUACCUCGACCUCCGACAG